AUGAGUGCCACUCCCAUCUCUUACCCAUCGACCCGUUCGGAAUGUAUGAAAUGGACCCUCUGUAAAGAAGAGAGGGGAGCAUGGUCUUUUCUGAAUGCCACCAGUUGUAAUCAAUGUGAAGGAACACUCAUGGAUCCCUUCAAAUGGAUUCCUUCAGCUCGGUGGAAUCGAGGUCAAUGGCUCAGUAAGAAUCAAUGGAUGCAGAGAAGAGCCAUUUCAGGUUUUGCAAAGAAGAGAAGAUCAUUGGAUAUGGUAGCUGUGUUGUCUUUGAACUAUCGAAUGGUUGCCAUGGAUAUGUUCCCAAUGCUCAUGUCGUAUGUGUCGUGUAUUGCAGAGCCUGUACUCUCUGCUCUUCAUCAAGUGGUGUGUGAUUGCGAGGACAGGAAGAGUUCUUGUUAUGAUCAGCCGUUUCGAACAAGUGUUGGAUAUUUAAGAGUGAAUGAGGCAAACUAUACCUAUCGUGUGGAUGAUUUGAUUUCAAUUGUUUUUCAUCAAAUCAACUCUUCAUGUUUAUUGAAUAUUGAAAAAGAAGCACUCAUGAUUCAUGAACCUCCCUCGCAACGAGCAAUUGUUGCUGGAAGGAGUGUUUCACAAAAAGUUUUAGAAAACUCUCAUGUAUUGACCGGAGAUGGUAUUUGUGUGAAAGGAGCAUCAGUGGGAGAUGUCAUGACCAUAUGUCUCAAGAGAAGAGAUGACAUUUCUGUGAAUUCUACCUAUUAUCAAACACCUGCCAUUCUAUUGAAAUAUACCAAUACGAAUAUAACUGAGAUUGUGUAUGGUGUUGGCAAGGUCAACUAUCAAUCCUCAGUGAAUCAAAUUUGUCUAGAUGUGAAAGUUAAGGAGGAAACGUCGUCCACAUACUUCUUCCCUGCACUCAUGCAUGUAGAAGGAGGUCAAAGUGUCUCUGAGAGUUCCUCCUUGCUGAUCAGCGGUUCAUGGUGGUGGAAUUUGGUUACAGUGUGGUUAUGUCUUGUUUUUUGUGUCUUGCGGUGA